CGUUAUUUCCUUUCUCGUAAGCGAGUGGUAGUACAGGGGCAGCGUAGUAUCUUACACGUACUGUUUUUAGCUAACGAUAGUGUUUAGGGGCCAUACAAUGGCAGACAAGAUGGAUAUGUCCUUAGAUGAUAUUAUCAAGCAAAACAGGCAACGCGGCGGUGGUGGCGGGCGCGGCGGGAGAGGAGGCCGUGGUGGCCGCGGAGGCACAGGCGGCGGCCGCGGCGGUGGAGCCGGACGGCUCGGGAACACAGGCGGAGGCUUUGGAGGCCGAGGCGGAGGAUCGGGCCCCAUGAGGAACCGCCAGGGCCUGAACCGCGGCAGAAGCAGACCCACGCCGUACAGCAGGCCCAAGCAGCUCCCAGACAAGUGGCAGCAUGACCUGUUUGACAACGGCUACAGUGUGAAUGCCGGAGGUGGUGGCGGCGGAGGCAGCGGAGCUGGCGUGGAAACUGGAGGGAAACUUCUCGUGUCCAAUCUUGACUUUGGCGUCUCAGAUGCAGACAUUCAGGAGCUCUUUGCGGAAUUUGGCACUUUGAAGAAGGCAGCGGUCCAUUACGAUCGGUCGGGACGCAGCCUUGGCACUGCAGAUGUUCACUUUGAGAGGAAAGCUGAUGCCUUGAAAGCUAUGAAGCAGUACAAUGGCGUUCCUCUUGAUGGUCGUCCUAUGAACAUACAGCUCGUUACGUCACAGAUUGAUGCACAGAGACGGCCUCCGAUGCAGGGUCUGAAUCGUGGAGGUGGUGGCGGUAUGAACAGAAACAGAAUUGGAACUUUCAGCACACAGAAGGGCCGGGGAGGACGUGGCGGCGGUGGUGGAGGAGGAUCCAGAGGCCGGGGACGAGGAGGCAGAGGUGGUAGUGGCAACAAACAGCAACUUUCAGCAGAAGAGCUGGAUGCCCAGCUAGAUGCCUACAAUGCUAGGAUGGAUACCAGCUAAAUACCAACACAACACGCUGCUUUCCCCCACUGUGCUGACAUGGGAGAGUGACUGUCAUUGUUAUAGCUUUGAACAUGCCGGAUGUUUUACAUGUCUUCAAAGUGAUUUAAAAAUUGUGUACUGAGCGUUUUCUCCUUUUAAAAUUGCUUGUUUUAUACCUACUUUUAUUUUUUUGUUUUGGUUCCUUUUUGAGAAAAACCUGGUUGGACUGUAGGAUAUCAGGAUGGGAUUGUUUUAACCAUCCUUAUGUAGAUCAUUGUAAUAAAACCUGCAGUAUUUAGUAACCACA